AUGCGUAUUGGGGGGGGAAGAGGUGUAGGGUGGAAUUCCACUACCUUACUCACUAAAACUCACGCACAAAGCCUUGUAACAAGCACGUCUGGCACAGCUCCCCUCUCCGCUGUUGUUGCCAUUACCGGGAGUUUUGUCAACAGCCCAGGACUGAUUGAAACUGGCAAGCCUUCGGCCACCAAAACUAUUAAAACCCCCCCAAGUGCAACAGAUCAGGGUUCUCGAACAAGGCCUAAAAACCCUGCCAACGCCGAUUUCCCGCCAAUAUUCAGUCCAUAUCAUCAUCUUUCCUUUUCUAACGGAUGGUCGUACGGUCCCCCUCCGGCACAGCCGUUCCCACCAAUUUCUAAUCCGCAUGUUGGUAUUUUUAUCCCCAAAGGGCAAAAUACGACUGGAGGAGAAAUUGGGGCAGGGCUUCGUGUAGAUGAAGACGUCUUUUGGUUCAAUGUUUCCUCAGCCUAUUUCGGGUGCAAUAACGGAAAUAAAAUCAACACGCCUUGCAUGCUUACGGCGACUGCAAGCAAGUAUUCAGCGGAGCAUGGAAUCGAAGUGCAAGAAGCAGCAACUUCAUUUAAGAUUCCGCCUUGUCCUGGGUUUCGGAAUUGCAAACUGACCAAAAUCGAAUUCGGCCCCGACUGGAAGGGAUUGUCCAGAGUCAAGCUCACUGCGACGGUGAGCGGCAAGCCGGCUAUUUGGUUAAUCGAUGAUAUCCAAAUGGGGUGGUACAAUAACACCUGCGCCGCUGGACUUCUACGAAGCCGUUCUCGGUAA